AUGGGAAGAGAAUGCGGACACAGCGCAGGGCAUUCGCGACAACAAAGAGUGGCACAAAAAAGUCCUAAUCGAAAGAGUCAAAGGUUGUCUGAAAAUCAAGUGAAGAUUGAUCCCAAGAUUGAUGGUGGUAAAUGGUACGAAGCGAAAGCUAGCAAACUUGGAGCUGCAGAUUCACCUAUAAAGCCAAGUAAAGAGGAUACAUUGUCAGUGUCUAGUUGGAACGAUUUUCCUUCCAGAAAUAUCCCACCAAUGUUUAAUUAUGGAAACAUUUAUUAUUAUCUGAUUGAGUCUGUUCCUAUGGUUGCUGACGCUUUUGGGAAUGAUAGUAGCAGUGAUUCAGAUUAUGGAGAAAAAGAAGAAUUCCAAGUUGCAACAGCAAAACCAUUGAAAAAAGGAAGUAACCUGCUAAAAAGCAAAUUUUUAGAAGAUGUUCAAGACAAUGAAGGUUAUGACAGCUAUGCACUGCGAGCACACAUUCAUCAUUCAAUGAAGAAAGAGCUGCCAUUGCGUACACAGAUUGCCUUGAGCAAGUCAAGUGGAUUUGUUAAGUCAGCCUCCUGUACUUGUGUUGCAAAGUCAUUAGGGAGGUGUGCCCAUGUUGCAGCCUUACUGCUGUUUCUUAAUGAUUAUAUAACAAAGAAUACUUGCCAUGUUGAAGCACCAAAAACAUCUUUGUCAUGUAAUUGGAAUAAAGGAAAAAGAGGGAACAAGAACCCAAUGGAGCUGCACAAAGCCAUUUACAAUUCUCCGAAAGAGAAGGUGGAAACAUAUUACUAGGAUCCUAGGCCUUCAAACUGAGCUGAAAAUAGUCCAGUAAAAUACUUGCACUUUGCAUCAUCUUUAAGAAUAGCAUGGCAUUCCAUCAGUUGUGAGCAUGUUUGUACAUCAGUAUUCAUGUAAGAACUUCCAAAUAUUUUCAUUUCAUUUCGUAGCACCAUAUUUUCAACUUUUGCACCUAGUUCGUAUUUGCUGUAAACAGUCUGUGUUUCUUUAUCACAAUGGCUUGGGCUACUGCCCUCCUUCUCUGCCUCUAUGUCUGAAUUGUGUCGACUUCCUGAAUCCCGGGGGUUUUCUUCUAGCAAGACUACAGAUUCUUCUGCAGAUUCGCAGUUAAUUUUUCUUUUGGCUGCUGCCAUCUCAAGUUCAGGCAUCUCAUUCCUUUUUCGACUUUUAGAAUUCUGCCGUCUUAAAGACCUUGCAAACAACAAAUCAACCUGUGACUCAGACAGUGUCGCGGUUAUUGGGUCUGGAUUUUCAGCAGUAGGACCUUUCCUUCCAAUGAAAUGUUGUGUGCAGAUGUAAGUGUCCUUUUUAAUCUGGUAUAAUGAAUAAAAAUCUUUCCUCCCGCAUGAAUGUUGCCAUCGCUUUGCCUUCUCUGUCCUCUCGUUUUCUCGCUAAUUUUCCCAUUCAGACAUGUUAGGUUUGAUACGACCAGGCUUUGGAAAUCGUAUAAAUGUUGUUUCAUCUGAAAGCCUCUCGGGGUAUCAACUGUCAGCAAUACAAGUACCCCAGCAACAAUGCUUGGUUGCUCCUUUAGGUCUGGAGACUGUCUUCUUGUUCAUCGUCUACACGGUUACCGGUCUUUCUACAACACUCUAACACUAGGCCAAACAUUGUUGUCUGCACUCCCUUCCAAGGAUUCAGUGCGUGGAUCAGGAAGAAACUAUAAAUAGAAUCGGGGCGCAGUCCUAUUGCCAUUUGAUUGGUGAAUGUACCAGCAGCAAUCCCAAGCUUGGCAAGAACAAGGUUUAAAUCUGUGAUUCCAUCUUUGUAAUUUAAAACUGCAGAUGCAGUGAUCAUCUCAACAAUGUUUCUUGCUGCAACCAUUCUCUUUAAACAUCUCUGCCAUAUAUGCUUAUUCAAUAACUAAUUUGAAUUUCUCAAUGACUCAUCUCUCCAAUAAAUUAUCACUACUAAGGUCUUUAAAGAUUGGUGUCACAACUUCUUUUAUUGCUUCUGGCAGGGAUAUCCUUUCUUUUUUUGUAUUUUUCUCAGUUAUUUUGUCAGUCUGGAAUUAACACCAGCUGUCUGCAGACCUCAAGUAAAACUUAUGAAGAUCUUCAGUACUUUCAUUCUCUAAAAUAUGGUACAAGACAGCAGGGCCGUCGAGAGACGGGCCGGGCCCCAGGGCUGGGACUGUCAUGGGGCCCCACAGUCGAAGGCUGCAAAAACCUUUUUUGGGUUACGCCCUUAGCAAUGCAGUUAGAUGGACUGUAAAAGGCAUAGAUUUUGAAAUCAACGCCCCUGAAACACUUGAAUUUGUAUUUUAAGGUCUUUGACAGAAUAUGUAAUUAGUGACUAUAUAAAACAAAUCAUUGAAACAAAUCAGUUUAAAAAUCAGAGUUAAUUUAAUGUUUAAAAAACUGCUUUCUUGCUUUCCUCAUGGCGAAGUCCUUAAUCUUUUCCCACAAUCUUUUCCAGCUGUCGUUCGCUCCCCAACCAUCAGGAGAAGCAAAUUUUGAUUUUGAACCAUUAUUAAUAGUGUGCCCAAACAGCCUGCAUGGCGAACAAUAGCAUGCAGCCUUUGUAGGACUGAAAAUAAGUCAGCUUCGUCUUACUACUUCCCCAUUUUGCUGCUUCACAUUAAGGACCGUUGUUGGUAAUCUGUGGCCGUCGCAAUCUUUGGGAAACUCUGGAGGAUGAGGCAAAUGACCAGUUCUAACAACCUUUUCUAACUCCUUUAUCGUUGGAAAUCCGGUCAAUGUGCCGACAUCAAAACUAGAUGAUCCACUAUGAACAGUAUAUUGAUUUAAUGAUGAAUCAGUAGUGCUUUCUCUACUUUCUGUGGUGUCAGGGUCUACCGAAGCAGCCAAGCCGUUUGUGUCUUCUUCUUCUUCAGCAGUGCUUUGAACAGAGCUUUCACCAGGUUUAUUUAAAGUUGAAUCACCUUCCUUGUCUCUUUUGUAAGCACCUACCUCAAACAAUGUGUGAGAGGCUUUCUUUGCUUCUUUUUCUCGCAUCUUUUUUCCUGCCUUUUCUGAGCACCAGACUUGUGCCUGUAAGAUGACAUCGCAGGGGUUGGUUGGAUCGUGAUCCCGCUUUGUGAUUUUUAUAAAGACUUUUAUAGCGUUUGGAUUUGUCUUGGUUCUUCGCAUGUGCUUUUUCUCUGGUGUACGCCGUGAAUGGAAGAUUUACUUUUACGUUUAUAGGAAGUCCACACAAGGAGCAACUAAAACAUUUGACCUAAAAGUAGAUAUAUGAAAGUGCAAUCGAAUUUUUCGGCUUCCGGAGAAGUAUAUUAUGAUCGUAUCGUCAAUGUUUUAAUUAUAAACCUUAACAAGAAAAGGCCCUUAUCAUAGACCAGCUUGUUGAUUCCGUGUUGAAAGAUUAAAUUUCGAAUAUCAAUUGGGUCAUGGGCCCGCCCUGCCAAUGCUGCUAAUUGAAAACUCAUAGCCAAAAAUACAUACCUUAUUUUCUACGGGCCCCUCAAGGCCCCAGGCCCCCUGGUAACUACCCUGGUUACCCCCCCCUCUCGACGGUCCUGCAAGACAGCACCAACUGCUUUCUUCAUUGCAUAUAGUUGGCCAACAUUUUGCCUAAUUGCCAAUUCAUAAUACUUCUGUAUUGUGUUAAUGACCUUAUCAGUUAGUCUCCUUUUGCCAAUUCUUUUUUCAUGUGAUAACUUCUGACCUGAGAAAGACUUUCGCAGAUUUCUAAGGUGUCUGCCCAUUGGCUUCUAGACAUGCCCAGCACAUUCCAGUUUUCUUAUAUCAAGAAUAUGAAUUGCUGUCUCCAUCUCCAAUAUAUCCAGUAAACCUAAGAUUCAGAAAAGGAAUUGAUCUCCUGAAUAUCUCAACAGCCCCAGCAGAUUCCAUUGCCCCAAAAGAUCCCUUGUGAUUCAUUAGGCAUUUAUGGGCUGCUUUCCAUACAUCCAACUUUUCUGUUACUUUUAGCAGCUUCCAUUUCUCACAUGCUUUGCAAAUCUCUGAUUUAACCUGAAAAUCAACACAUUCUCCAGAUUCUUUAGCAAUAGACCCCUUUCACAUUCUAUUAUCAUUGCGAAGAGUGACUUCGAAAACGAGGCUAGCGUUGUUCCGCACAACAAUCACAAACCUUAGAUACAGCCAAACACUGUGUUUGUCAAUAUUUCCUGAUAUUAUUUGCUAAUCUGUUGAAAAAUUUUCGGUAGCAAUAUGGCUGAGAAUACUGAGAAACCGGUAGCUAAUAUUCAGGUGAAGAAGAAGAAAUCGCUGGGGAGACAAUGCGCUGCUUUUGGUUGUUAUAAUUUUUCCUAUAACACAGAUGGUUCACCCAGUGGCCUACAUUUUUUUAAGUUUCCGCAGAAGAAUCCAGAGAAGAGAGUUUGGUGUAACUUGAUCAAAAGAGUUGAUGGUUUGGAUGGUUUUAAAGUUACUGCAAGUACAGUGUUAUGCCAAGAACAUUUCAAAGAUGAAGAUUUAAAGCGAAACCCUCAGCGAUGGAAGUUACAUCAUGGCACAGUUCCUUCGUUGAAGCUUUAUAACAGUGAUGCGAGGACCAGCAAAAUCUCCCGUAAGGCACCAAAGGAUCGCAGCCACUAUUAUGAAAUCCCACAACCGCAGCCUUCUUCUUCUGCUACAUCUGAACUUGAUGAUUGUUCUGAUUCCAUUCAAGAAGAUGUUUCUAAUUACGGAAACAGUUCUACGCAAACAAGUUUUUCUUUUGUCGUGGCCCCCAUUUAUUUUGAUGAUGAUUCUAGUGAUGAUGAAAACAAGUCAAGUAAUGAACAAAGGGAGUAUGUCAACCUUCAAAAAAAGAUUGAUGAACUUUCUUCCCAAGUAUCAAAUUUAAAUGCUAAACUGUCUGUUGCAAAAAAGGCAUUUUUUUCACUUGAAAAGUUGCAAAAUGAUGAUUCUGCUGUCAAAUUUUAUACUGGUUUUCCUAAUUAUUCUUCUCUUCGAUCUGUCUAUGAGUAUCUGGAACCAAAGUUGCAGAACAUUUCUUACUGGCGUGGCUCUAAGUCUCAUGGUACAUCCAAACAAAGACCAGAGUGGCAAGAAUAAUCGACAAAACCAGGUCCUAAAAGAAAGCUGUUGCAUUUUGAAGAAUUUAUUUUUGUUUUUAUGCGUCUCAAAGUUGGCUUGUUUUUGAUCGAUCUUGCAGAUAGAUUUGGAAUCUCUGUUGGUCAUGCAUCCAAAAUAUUCUCUACCUGGAUCAACUUUCUAUACCAUGAACUGCCUCUUCUUUUUCCUUUUCCUCCUAAAGAACAUGUUGAAGCUUUGAUGCCUGAUGAAUUUAAAAAGUAUCCUUCCACGAGAAUAGUCAUUGAUUGCACAGAAAUUUUUACUGAAGUUCCCUAAUCCAUGAAAGCUCAAAUAUAGACAUGGUCUGAGUAUAAACACCACAAUACUUGGAAAGCUCUCAUUGGAAUAUCUCCUACUGGUGCUAUUACUUUUGUCUCAAAGCUUUGGUCUGGCAGAGUGUCUGAUAAAGAGAUUACCCGGAAAAGUGGCCUUAUUGAUCU